UGUAAUAUUAUCGUACGUAGUCGGUGAAUUUAUUUACAAGUAUUAUUUUGCAACUUGUAUCAUUAUUGUUAAAUCAAAUCUUUUGCUCGAAUAAUUAUAUCGUUCCAAUUAUCAUUCAAUAUUUAGACGUUAUUAGAUUUAUUUGAUAUAUUGAAAUGUUACCUAAAGUGACAGGUUCUCUCUUCUUGGUGGAACUGUGAACAAAAUAUGGUCGUGCGUGUCGCUUAAAUCCUAAGAGAAAAGAUGAGUGAACAGACUGAAGUAAAUUACCUUGACGGUGAUGUAGUAUGGGUGAAACUCGGCUCUUGUUGGUGGCCAGGUGAAGUGGUAGGACAUGAGAAGCUGCCUCCAGAUGUCCUACCAUCGUUUAGAAAACCACCUAUAGCUGUCGUUAAAUUCUUUCAAGAAGAUUCAUAUGAAUAUGUCAAGAAUCCGAAUUCUAUUUAUAAAUAUGAAUGUAGUCGCAAGGAUGAAUUCAUUCAAAAAGGACUCUAUUUGUAUAGAACCAAACAUGGACUUAUGGAAAAAUUUCCUGAAGAUGUAAUCCGAGCGGAGACUGCUGUUGGUGGCGAUAUUGAAAUCCUCACUCGAGAUGAGUUUCAAGAAACAAAGAAAGAAAGUUAUGCUGGCUUAUUCGGAGACCCAAAAAAGAAAACCCCAGCUUCAAUGAAGAAAGGUAAACAUGGAAAAGGAAAAUCUGGUGACCUUUCAAAAUUUUCAACUCCAAUAAGAAAGGUAAAAGAAAAGUCUAAUUACAAAGUACAUAUUCUACUACAAGGUUCUAAAACCCCCAGUCAACCUGAAGAAACAACUCCCUCCACGAGCAGAGCUGGCUCAGAACCAAGUGAAGAAAAAACACAAGAAUCUAAUGACCAAGAAUCUACAAAAUCAGCAAUCAUCACACCUACAGCAUCAAGCACGGGAAUUUAUGCAUGUCAUGCAUGUCCCUUUACUACAACAAGGUUAAAUGUAUUAAUUUUACAUAAUAAAACACAUAGCUCUACAUUUACGCCCUACACACCGUCACCAGUAAAGAAAAAACCUUCACCAAAAGCACAAAAAUCUUCCUCAAAAGCAACAUCAAAAAUUUCUAAACCUCGAAAGCCAAGACAAGAGAAAAGUGAAAAAUCACCCAGAAAAAACCAAGCUCAAAAACGAGAAGCUGAGAGUGAGGCAUUGCCUGAAGUAAAGAAAAUAAAAACUGAUGAGGAAAUAAAGAGCAGCUUGUUAGCCGAUUGGGAUGAUGGGGAUGAAGAUUCAAAUGGGGAAUCUUCUACCUUAGCCAUGGCAUCAUCUCCAGAUGUACCCAUAGCUGCUGGCUCACCAGCUGUCCCAACGCCUGCUGAACUACCUACAGUCCAGGCACCUAGUGAAAUUGCUCCUGUUCCAGAAAAAAAAGAAGAAAAACCAGAGGCUUCAAAUGACGCAAAAUAUGAUUUUUGUGAAGACGAAGAUUGGCCAGUAGAAGCUGAUGUUGGCAGAAAAAUACCACGCAUUAAAAAACCUUCAAUACGUAAAGAGGAAACGAAAAGCCUUAGCAUUGAUGAAAACGAUAUGGCACGAGAAGUUGCUGAACUAUUAAAUAAAACUACUGUACCGGAAUUACCAUCAGUUCCAGAACCUUUGAAAGUGGAGGAAAAUUUUCCUGAGCCUUCAAUUGUAAAAUCUCCUGAUAAAAAGAGGGAAAGUUCAACUGAAGGCAGUAAAUCUCCAGAAAAAAAAUCCGAUCCUCAACCGCCAAAAACCAUAUUUAAAACAAAAACGUUUUUUCGAAGUCGCCACUCUAGAAGUCAAGAUGCAAUAGGCAAAUAUGUUGCAGAACAAUUAAACGCUGCGGAGAGGCAUGAUAUUGCGGAUUCGGAAAUAAAUGGUUCCGACAUCAAUCUAUCACCAGAGCCCAGAAUUUCAUCACCAAUUGAACAUGUUAAAGUUGCUCGUCUAGCACCAAAGAUUCAACUUAAGAAAAUGAAUGCAGAGGCUGCUCAAUGGCGAGAAAGAGAAAAGUAUCAAAUCCAAGAAGAAGUUAAAAAGACUUAUUCCAAAUCAGACAAUUUGUGUACAGAGACAAUGCCCUCAACUAAAACAAAUACUGUGACAGUUGAAAUUGAAAAUAAGGAUGUGUCAAAGUUUAAGCUGGAAACAAAUAAGAAUGAACCUUUAGAUAAAAUUGAUAAUGAAAUUACUAAAAUUGAAAAUAAUAACGAAAAUGUUGAAACAAAUAUAAAAAAGAAUUUAAUAAAUGAAUCAGGUGAUAACAUAAAUAUUCUUAAUAAUAAGAAUCCCUUAGAACUGAAUUCACCUGAACAGUGUAGCAAUCAAACCAAGAAUCAACCUUUGGAAGAGAAUGAAUUAAUUGAACCAUAUAUGAGUGAAUCGACUGCCUCUGCUGUAGAUGCUUUACUAAGUGUUUCCAGAGAAGCUGAUAGGGUCACUAAAGUAAUAAGUGUGGAUCCUCCUGAAGAUUUGUUUGAAGAUGACAAUAAGGAAACUGUAAAUGGAUCUAAUAUUAAUGGCUGUGAGGAUAAAUUAAAGGAAAUGAAAAGUAAUGUUAUAGAGAAAUUGAAUCAAGAAUCUGAAAGUAUCGAAACAACGACCGAGCCUUCAUCUCAAAUUGAGAAUGAUUCAAAAACAAUUCAAGUUCCAAAUCAAGAAAUUGAGAAAGAAUCAGAACCUGCUUCCAGUAAGGAAGACUCCUUAAAAUGUGAAUUGGUAAUAAAUUCAAUUGAAACAAAUGGUGACAAAAACGGUACAGAAAAAAUAGAAACUAAAACAGUGGAAAACAUAAUAGAAAUAGUUCCCAAUAAUAUUCCAACUGAAUCGGAUCUACAAAUUGCAGAAGCUUUAAUUAAUUUACCUUCUACUACCAUUCAGAAUAAAGCAUCUAUUGAAUGUCAAGAUAAAAUAACGUUAAUAUCGACAAUUAAUAAUGAAGAAGUACAGGAAACAAUUGAAAAUCCCCAAAACAAUUUAUUCGGGGCUUCUGAAACUAAACAGCAUGAAAAUGACAGUACUCCAAAUGAAAAUGUAGCUAUAGUUAAAACGCCCAUCUUGACGAAUAAUAUUAGAUUUGAAAGCGAGGAAGAAAAGAGUGAAAAUUUAAAUGCUGCCCAAUCAUUAGUUCAAAUGUCUGAAUCCAUAGAUCAUAAAAUUAACAUAUCAGAAAUUAAUGCUAGCAAACAAAAUGAUAUCAGUUCUGUACUUUACUGUAAUAAGGCACAAGACGUCAAUCGUUUUGAAAAUACCACUGAUGUUGUGUUAGGACAAUCGUCUGAAAAGAAAAGUGAGACAAUUAUUAAUGGUAACACAAGCAAAAACGAAAGUACACCUAGAUUACUAAAAAUUUUAGAAGAUCCUUGCACUUCCAAUGUAUCUGCCCCAAAUAAUGCGUCUAUCAAUAAGAAAUUAAUUGUUCCAAAUAAAGAAAAAAUAUUAAACAUUGAUGUUGCCAAAUCAGCAUUAAAGCCAAAACCGCAAUCCACGAAACAAAAAAUUAUAAUUAGACGUACCACACCUAAUAAAACAUUAUUGAAUAAUGUGACUGAAGUAACAACACCAGAUAAAAUCAUUUUAUCACGCACAAAUAAACCAUCUGAAGAUGGUUCUUCUGUACAAAGUUAUACAAUACAAACAACACCAGACAUUCAAACAGAUAAUAAUACAAUCAUUAUCCAGCAAAAAAUUCGUAAAAUUGCAAAACCAAAUCCUAAACUUCAGAAGAUAAAACCGCAAAUCACACCAUCUAGCUCUGUUAUUGAUAAUAAAACCGCGAAGGAAGUAUCAAAACCCAAAGACACCGUGUUUGAUAUAAAUUCAAUGCCGAUUGUUUUGUCUGAUGAUAUAUUGACACCAGAAAGUAUAGAAAAAAUGCCAUUCGUAAUGUCAGAUGGAAAUCUAAUAACUACUUCCAGCAAUACUAGAACUCCAAAAGGUAAAAAACUGAUAACUCACACUGAAAAAAUAACGGUAACCUCGGCUUCUAAUAAACCAGACAUAAAAUCGCACAUGCAUCAUCCAUCUCUUGAUAGUAAUAAAGUUACAACGCCUAAUAUUCUCUCCAAGUCAUCUAAAUUAAGAGGAUCCCCUAAACCCAUGUUAGUAAUAGAUAAAACAACGGGUAAACAACAGAUCAUUAUGACGAAAUCGGAAACUCCCGUAAAGGAAGUAAAACAAACUCCCACAAUAAUACAAACACUUCCACAAACUACUAAUAAAGCAGAAAAAUUCAUAAUUUUACCAUCGGCUAAUUCUCCAAGACCUGGACGAACACAAAAAAUUGUUAUAGAUCCUCAAACUGGAAAAGCACAUGUUGUAGUGGGGAAAGGACCGGAAACAAAUACUACUGUAGCUGACAACAAACCAGUGUCAGCAAAACUAUUACCAUCUGCUUCUGAUACUACUACUCCUGGAAACACAGUAAUGAUUAUUACUAAUGCACAAGGCACGCAGUCAAGAAUAGUCUUGACUCCUGAACAUGAAAAAAUACUAUUUCCUAAUAAGCAGCAAGCAAGUGUAUCACAACUUAAAACAAUAACACAACGUAUCUCAACAAAUUCUUCUAAUCAACAAAAAAAUGUGGUAACUACCGUUGCCUCCGUUAAAACACCAUCUAGAAUAGUGUCAAAACAAAAAAGUGCCAUCAUAACGUCAAAAGGGCAACUAAUUGUAGGAGGUAGAUUAGCAACAACUACGCAAAAUAUAGCACCAUUACCGGAAAUAAGACCAGCACCAAAACGAGUUUCCACUGAACCCAAGAAAAUAGUUCAAGCUAUCCAGAAAAGCUCUUCAGAGCCGUUAAUAUUUUUACAAAAGUCGGGUUCCGUUAUGCAACUCACUGCUGCACAAUUUGAACAUUUACAGCGAACAGGACAAAUAAUUCAAAAAGUUCCUGUUCAGUCUCAAGAAAAUAAAGUAAUCGUACAGAAAACAAUAACAAUAUCUCCAACUGACACCCUUGUACCUAUACAAAAGCAGAGGGUGAGAAAAAAUCUAGCUGAUUCUCCAACACCUAUGAAAAAAUUAAAACAUGAAAUUGCAAUAGCUCCUGCCCCAGCACCAACUUCACCUAUGCCCGCAUUGACACCAAUAUGUUCUACAAACAUUUCAUCCAGUUCAAUUAAUAACCCAAAAUCUUCUUCUAUUCCCUCAUCCUCAAAUUAUUCAAAUGUUGAUAAUUUUGAAGAAUUAUUACCUACUACGGCAAUAGCUCGCCCUAAUGAGACUCUUGUUGCGCAAACUGAACAAAGUACACAACCUACUGCACCACUCUCCGAUGGACAACUGCUGGCAGUGCCGGGGGAGCAUUUUGGAGGACCACAAGGUUCAUUUUAUCUUUGCGUUGAAGAAAAUGGUACAUUUACUCCAAUAGAUAAUCGACCAUUAGUAUUAGAAAAUAAUCAACUCGUUCCAAUGGCAGAACCGGUUUCAGCCCUUGCUCCACAACCGGAACGCAGGGAUAUUUUAGAGGCUGCGCUGGCUAAUAGUGAUGUUUUUCAUGCUGAAAGCACACAAAAUGAUGCACCCGAUUUUCGGGACCUGAAUGCAAAUGUAUCUGUCCAUUGUAGAGUGUCAGAAACUAGUACAACCUUAAAUCAACCUAUAAUGACUCCAGUCGAAGUACCCACGAAAGUAGACCUGGAACCGACCAUACCGUCGAGCUUAGACGACGGAUUGGCGGUUAUUGGUGUUACGCCUCACUCGGUGCCUACUUCACUGGAGUUACCAAUAACAGUCACAGAUCCACGAAUAGCCCCUAAGACUACUGACCCUUUAAGUAACAGUAACUAUAGAACUUCAUUAUUGCCUUCACCUAAUACGGAGAUGACGUUUGUGGUCACGGAAGAAACAGAUUUACCGGCUGUCGGUCCCAUAUCUAUGCCUUUAUUGACAGAGGAAGAAUCAGUGGGAAAAUCUAUGCCAAUAUUGACUGAUGAGAUUACUGAAAGAACAGUAUCAUCAGUAGAAUCUACCGCAGGCUCACCCUCUUCGAUUGACGUACGAGAAUCGGAAACCGAGGACGGAAGUCAGUGGCCCAGAAGAAUGCUAACUCCUGGAUCUGAUAUCUCUGAAGCCUCCGUGGAGAUCCCACUACAGCCGGCAAUACAACUUUCUGUAAGUGAGCUAUCACAUAAUAAUAGUUAAUUAAUUUCUAGUGUUUAACCAUAUGUGAGAGAGACAAUGAUUGUUUUUUAUACAUGGUUUUAGCGAUGCUAAACGUCAUGGGUCACGUGUAGUAAGAAUAUAUACGUAUUCUUAUCACUAUUAUGAAGAAUACAAUGUGCAAUAGGCUAAGUUUUUAUAUUAUUUAAUAUCAUGAAAGCCUACGGCGAAUAAUAAUUCAGUUGAACUGUUGUGUAGUAAAAUACACAUAAUAUUAUAAGGAUUUCAUUGAAUAAUAAUAAUGUAUCACAAUGUGAGGACUAAAGUGAACUAUAUUUUAUAAUGUAGGUAUUGCAUAAGGAUGAAAAAUCAUGUGCGUGUUUCAAACGUGCACAAAUGUAAAUAUAUAACAGGAGAUGACUGAUGCUCUAUUGAUUGUAUUCAUCUCUGUCUACUUUUAUUUUAUUAGUUUAAUGCAUUAUGCAUAUAGAGUUUAAUUUAAGAUUAUUAUUGUAAAAUAAAAUUUAUAAUUAUAACGUUGUUGGAUCAUAUGUGUAAUAUAAGAAGUUAGGUAUAUUGUAAUAUUUUUUAUAACGUCAUCCAUCUUCUGAUAAGUAACAUUGUGUACAAAUACGCAGAUUUUGUACAUUGAAUUGUGCUAUAAUUACUAAGGUCGAAACGGACACAAAUAUGUUUAUAUACUUUGGUACAGAAAAAUAACCAGUAGAGGUUACUGCUUACCAAGAAGUUGUCAAACAAUGUCUCAACUAAUGAAAUAGUUAUUCAUUGAUUUUAAUUGUGUAGCACUUAUAUUAAGUACAAUAUUUGUAAAAGUAACUAAACAUAAUGUCGAAAGCACAUUAACUUGUGUGAACUAUGUCUGGAUGUAGAACUACGACAAUGAAGUCUAACAAAAACUUCUUUGUAGUAUAAGGAUUUAAUAAAUAAACUUCAUUCAA